AUGGCAUUUGCGGCCCUGAUCUGCCUUUGUGUCGUAGCCCCUCUGGUCGUGCUCUCAUUCGACACCGCCGCUCGGACUUCUGCCAAGUACGACUACUAUGAGAGGCUUGUGCGCGGUUACACUCAGUUCGACUGGUCGCCCUACUUUCUUCCAUACCAGUUGAAUGUGGCUGGUAAGAUCGUCCUGAUAAUCAAGCUGCUUCUGUGCUCCAUUGGGUCCGUCAGUGUGGGGCUAGCCACGCUAUGGUCUAGUAGCUUGUUUAGCUACGUGAACAAAGGCCCAAGCCAAUCUGGAGCUCGCUUCGGACAGAUAGCCAAUGCCUCUCGUGUAAAUGCGUGCUCCUUCGCGAUUCUCAUCGUCGUGCCUCUGGCGGUGUUUACUAUCUUCGCAGUGUUCGAUCUGCCCAUGCACAGCUACUCGAUUCCACUAUUCCUGGGUGGAGCUUUCGUACCAAUUCUAAACGCCCAUUUUAUCAUCUUCAACAUUCGCACAUUCCGAAGAGCACUCCCUGCAUUGCUCACUUUCAAACCUAAGUCAGUGGGGCCGUUAUCCCAUGUCAGUUCUGAUCACUGAUCCCUCGAUUGACAUAUUUUGUUGCUAUGCUUAUUUGUUGUUGCCCUCGUUUUUUGAGUUGUUAUGUCACCCAUAUAUUUUGAUGGCUCGUGAAUAUUACAAUGCACUGAAUAUUAAAUUUUUGAUACAGG